AUGUCAUAUAUGUUAUCAACUAGACCAAAGUUCUUAUAUCUCACCAAUAAGCAACUACAAACUAUAAGCAAAAGACUUCUAUCUUCCACCUCCAAAACAUCAAUAAAUUCAUCCAAGUUACUAAACUCAUCAAAAACAUUUUUCAAGUCACUCCCCAAGACUGAACAACAACAAUAUCAGAAACAGGGCAAGAACGUGGCACUUGUAUCUGGCAUCAUAAUAGUUGGGUCCUACAUUGCUUUUAACCAAUCAAAUUACUACAAUUUGGAUACAUUACCCCUGCUGCCGCAAUCAUCUCAAGUAGCAGCAAACGCGGCUGCUGGUUCGUUUGCAAAGCCGCCAAAAUUGUUGGAGGAUAAAAAGUUAUUUUCAACUUCAACAUCAUCAAUGCAUCAAGAAAACAGUAUCAGCCAUCAGCAACAUAAGGAAGGAAUCUUUUUAUUAAACGACGAACAAGUUGAUACCAAGUUGCGUCAGUUUGAAGAAAGCUAUUUUGUCAAUAGAGGAAAGGGGGUAAUGAGGUAUGAUAUAUGUCAAUUGCCUUCUAACUCGCCUAUUGAGGAUGACCGAGCCGAGGAGAUUAUACAAGUGCCAAUCUUGCAAGAUAACAACAUUAAGACCACCACCGAUUGGCUAUUUUUCGGAGUUUUUGAUGGACAUGGUGGCUGGACUACUAGUUCAAAGUUGAGAGACGAGUUGAUCAAUUACGUGAUAAAUGAGUUGGGUACUAUCUAUAAACCUGUGCAAGGAGAGGAGAACCUCAGAUAUGUACCCAACAGCGCCACCAUUGAUCAAGCUAUUAAAAAUGGAUUUCUUAAAUUAGAUCAUGAGAUUGUCAAUAAGAAUAUCGAAAAAUUACUCACUGAUGGAAAUAAAGCUAAAGCUGCUGAAUUGUUGAUGCCGGCAUUAUCGGGAUCUUGCGCUUUGUUGUCAUUUUAUGAUACAAACUCGAAAAUGUUAAAAGUCGCUGUAACCGGAGACUCAAGAGCGAUCUUGGGCUCGUUUAAGAAUAAUCACUGGACUGCUAGACAGUUAAGUAUUGAUCAAACUGGCUCAAACCCAACUGAGGUAGCCAGAAUUAUUAGUGAGCAUCCGGAUGAGCCUAAGGUUAUUCGCAAUGGCCGUGUUUUGGGUAGUUUGGAACCUACAAGGGCGUUUGGUGAUUGUAGAUACAAACUUCCGGCAUCAAUACAAGAACGGAUUUACAAGCAAUUUUUCGGCAAGAGAUUACCCAACUAUUUAACAUCUCCUCCAUAUGUAACUGCUGAACCAGUUAUUACCACCACAAAAAUUAACCCAGAUAACAAUGAUUUCCUAGUCAUGGCAAGUGAUGGACUUUAUGAAAUGUUGACAAAUGAAGAAAUCGUUGGACUAGUUGUUAAAUGGAUGGAGAGGGAAAAAAUGGUUAAACCACAAAAAUCGUUUUGGAACUUUUUUGGAAAAGUUGGUGAAAACAAAUUACCGGAAGUGGAGGAUAUAACAAUGGACAAGGCAAGUAAGAAGCCAAUUAGAAAAUCAACUGGUGGGGGUAGUUUCUUGUUACAAGACAACAAUGUCUCUACCCAUUUAAUCCGUAAUGCAUUAUCCAAUGGGGGUUCAAAAGAGCAAACAUCGAUGAUUAUAUCGAUACCUAACCCCGUGUCCAGGCGGUAUCGUGAUGACUUAACAGUUACUGUUGUAUUUUUCGGUAACAACCUAAAUGAAGCAAAUGAAAAUGGAGCUUUGGAGAUCAAUGCAAGUGCCACUGCAGGUGGUGUUGAUGCUUCAAAACCUAAAUUAUAG